AUGGCCACCGACACUUCGCCGAGAUUCCAGAAGUCGGACCUCCUCCCCGUACCAGAAAUCGCCGCCGCCGCGGUGGAGACGACGGACUUCACUUCUGCCAGUUCAUGGUCGUCGGCUCGACCGCCGGCAUGGUGGAGCACAUGUGCCACUGUUGCCAGCGAUACUGUGCUUACUCCCAUGGAUAUGGUGAAGCAGAGGCUGCAAUUGGGUAACAUUCCGUACAAAGCAAAUGCAGCAUUAGAUAAUAGUUUUGAUGCAUACUAUUCCUAUCUUUGGGGAGGCGAUCACUUCUCGAUUAAUCCUGAAAGAACCGAGGUCCAACUUAAAUUCGAUAAUUCCUCAGGUGCUGGAUUCAGUUCCAAAUCAAAUUACGCGUCCGGAUUAUUUCAUAUCAAAAUGAAGAUACCAAGGAACAAAUCCGGAGGAAUUGUUCCAAAUUUCUACUUAAUGGGACUCCCGAUUGGUGGGGAUGCGAGCAAACCUCAUUUUGAAGUUGAUUUCGAGUUUUUGGGAUCAACUGGAAGAUUGCAAACCAAUGUUUAUAAUAAUGAUACCGGAGGUAGAGAACAGAAAUUCAAGCUUUGGUUUGAUCCGUCAGCAGAUUAUCACAUUUACAAAAUUCUAUGGAACCCUUCCAAUAUAGUAUUUUAUGUGGAUAACAUUCCUAUAAGAGUGUUCAAGAACAACGUUCCGGGGGUAUUGUAUCCCAAUCAGCCGAUGCACAUUGAAGCUAGCAUAUGGAACGCACAAUUUGCCGGAAAGGUCGAUUGGAGUAAAUCCCCUUUCUACACCUAUUAUACGGAUUUUGGAUUCUACGGUUGCCCGGGUAACAAUAUGGCAGCAUGUGCUUCUGAGAAGUUCUUCUGGAAUAGAUACAAGGAACUUAACCCCGAACAAAAACAAAAGAUGGCUUACUACAGGAAACAUUAUAUGACUUACGACUAUUGUGCACAAUCGGCUACAAGAAAGACUGAAUGUGCAUACAAUAAUGUUUGA